GAGGCGAGGCUGAGCGGGACACACUCCUCACCGGUCAUGGGAUGCUGCAGCGUGACCCAGAGGCACACGGGAGUGGACGAAGUGGGCCCCGAUGAGAUCGAACUCCUGGAGCUGUCCGGGGACAAUUUAGGCGUGUGGAGUUUGGGGGAAGCCAGACUUCAGCUGUCGGUGAAGAGCAGCAGAGAUGAGCAGCCGAAGCUGCCGCCGCCUCCUCCACCGCCACCACGCAAGCCUUCAAUACGACACCUGGAUAGAGAGGUGGUGCUGUGGGGCAGAGGCCGAGACGAGCUCCACCACAGGAUCUACUCCCAGCAGCCCAUCACGGGCUGGGAGGGUCAGCCGGCCCACAUGUACGGAGAAAUCAUCCAUUCCUCCCCGGUGUCCGUCUAUAACAGCUACACGCAGGAAACCAGUGAACACUUCCUGGUCUUGUUCUCCUUUCACCUGCUGAUCCUGUCCCUGGAUCACUCUCGACAAGACUUCAAAUAUGAGGGAACUCUUCCACUUUCUGGACUUUCUCUCCGAGCCGUCUCCCUGGAGUCGAACACGCCGCAUUCACCCCACAUGUUUGAGAUCAGCAGUCCAAUGGUGGACUCCAGAGUGUUCAUUUGUGCCAGUGCUGCAGAGCUGCAGAAGUGGAUGCAGCACAUCGAAGACAGACGAUACAAGUCCAUGGCCCAACCCAUGAGCCCGUCCCACUGCGCUCUCUCCUACCUCCUGCCAUGUGAUGAACCCUGGAAAAGAGAGGAGCUGAGGAAGUACCUGCUGCAAGCUCCAAUAUGGCAGUGGGAGGGCUCGCCCGUCCAGCACAUGGGUCAGCCAGGAUACCUAUCUAUAGUCCACAUCAUCAACACUCAGAGACAGGGACUCCAAGAAAGGCUGAUGGUCCUCUUUCCUCAAGAUGUUUUGCUGCUUUCUGUUGACAGCCAGCGCCUGAAUUUGAAAUAUGAGGGCAGGUUGGCUCGACACAGCGUUCAGGCGGUGGAGCGGUCAGCGCUGCCUGGACGGCUGGAGUUUGAGCUGGCAGGGGAGCUGACGGAGCCCCUGCAGGUCUCCUGCACCUGCCUGGAGGAUUACCAGAACUGGAUAUUCCAGUUGCAGCAGCCAGACCGAAACAGCAACGUUACUGUGAAUCAGGCUCCGCCUUCGAUCCUGCCGAAGCUGCAGAGGUGCAGGAAGGAGUCCAGGGAGCCCAUCGUAGCAGCCGACCAGUAUCGCAUCAACGGACGCAGCUGACCCUCCGGACUGGAGGGAAACCUCAAAACUCACUGUAAUUACGAAUCUAAGACACCGUGUAGAUAAUGUGUUUCACCCAUGUGUGCCACAGUUCUUAGAUGCAGCGGAGAGGAGACUAAAUCUCUUAUAUUUGGGUGAUUUUCGUCACUUGAAAAGGAUGGAAAGUAUGCUUAUAGCUCUCUUUCAUGUGGAACAAGUGGAAAUGAAGUCAUGACCCAGUUUAAGAGCAGAACUGUGCUGCACAAAUGUUAGACAUGCACAUUUUAGAGCAGGAAGAUAGGGUUCGAGAAACUGUACAUACCUGUAUGUAGAGCUUUUCCAAUAAAACAUUUAAAAGACUCACGUACUACA